CAGCACCCCCAUGUCCCCGCAGUGACUCCCAAGGUACAGGUGUACUCCCGCUUCCCCGCCUCCGCGGGCACCAAGAAUGUCCUCAACUGCUUCGCGGCCGGCUUCCACCCGCCCAAGAUCUCCAUCACGCUGAUGAAGGACGGCGUGCCCAUGGAGGGCGCGCAGUACUCCGACAUGUCCUUCAACGACGACUGGAGUUUUCAGCGCCUGGUGUACGCCGACUUCACGCCCAGCAGCGACGCCGUCUACACGUGCAAGGUGGACCACGAGACCCUGAAGGAGCCGCAGGUCUACAAGUGGGAUCCCGAAUUCUGAGCUGUGCCCACCGUGAGCACGGUCUGAAGAAUUCUGCAUUCCAAGUGGAAAUGAGCUUGAGCUUUUGUCCUUUCUUUGCAUCGCACUUCUGGGUAGGAUGGCAAAGAGCAAGCAUCUUCAUCACGAAAUUCCUUCUUUUAGGAUGCUCCUCCUAGGGUUAGCAGCAGUGCUCUGAAAUCUGUGUACCUGGAAAAGCGUGGGGGGAUGGGGGGGGUGGGAAAGUGGGGGGGGGGGGGUGCUGCCUUGCAGCCUUUAGGCAAGUGGCAGAUGUUUGCAGCUACGGAGAUGCUGUUGAAGAUAUCCCGACCUAUUGCUUAGGAUGAAGGAAGAUGCAAAGCAAGCUGGUUGGGAUUGGAAUUGUGAAAAUUUAUAAUGCAAAUUCAUGCCUUUGAAACUUGUGCAUAACUCUGCAAAUUCACAACUCUGAAACCUGUGCAUUCUCAGGAAAGGAAAAUAAUUAAUAGCAAUAAAUCAGUAAAGCCUACUCUGUAACAGCUGUUCUCUAUAAACAAUUGCUGGAGCUUGUGUUAAAGUAUCUUUGACUUGGAGCAGUAUUCUAUCUUGACUUACCUGAGCACAUAGCUCUCAGUAUCUGCACUGCCAAUUAGCUCUGUUGGAGCUCUUCACCGGUGUGAAUUGUACACAAGUUUUACCUAAUAAAACCAGAAAAGAUUAAAUGAUGA